AUGGCAGCUACUACCUCAACAAAUUGCACCAGCUUCUUCAAUCUCCGAGCUGACUCAGUCGUGCCCAGUGUCAGGUCCUCAUCGAACCAUGGCUCACCUGGGUGUGGAAAGCUUGAUGGGGUGGCCAUGUGGCUCGUCAAUGGCGUCGCAAGUGCCUUCUUUGCUUCUUUGGAUCGAUGUUCUUGCAUUCGUAUUGCAACUGUGGAGGAUGGUGAUGAGGGCAACGACUUGCCGUUGAUCUUCAACGAUGGAAAUAUUCACUAUGAUGGAGGCAGUGGUAGCCGGAGGAGACCAGGGAAAGGGAAGAAAGGAGCUCUUGAUGAGGCUUAA